AGAGGAAGAAGAGUGAAAGUAGUGCUUUUCUCGUGGUUGCGUACAUUUACUGGAUGAUUUUGUGGAAUAGCGACAUUGUUUACAAAAUAUGAAGUAAGAAACAGAUAAGGUAAGCUUCGUUGUUUUUCCUGAGCGCGAUGGCUACCCAGAGAGUGCUCCCUCAAAGCAAAGAGACUUUACUGCAGAGCUACAACAAGAGGCUGAAAGAUGACAUCAAGUCCAUCCUGGACAACUUCACCGAAAUCAUCAAAACUGCAAAGAUAGAGGAAGAGACACAGGUUUCUCGACCAACUCAAGCAGAGCAAGACCAUUAUGAGAUGCAUGUACGAGCAGCAAACAUUGUACGUGCCGGUGAGUCCCUGAUGAAGCUGGUUUCAGAUCUGAAGCAGUUCCUGAUUCUGAAUGACUUUCCCUCUGUGAACGACGCCAUCAGCCUCCAGAACCAGCAGCUCCGCUCACUGCAGGAGGAGUGUGACAAGAAGCUCACCUCACUCCGCGACGAGAUCGCCAUUGACCUGUAUGAGCUAGAGGAAGAAUAUUACUCCUCCAGGUACAAGUAGGCUCAUACUUGCCCCCAUCCCACUGCCCCUCUGUUGUCCCAUGCCCAGCACCAUGUACUGUGUCACCCUUACCAUUCACCACUGAGCCCAGGGAAAGGUUUACUUCUGCCAGCAUCUAAACCUGACUCCUGACAGGGCUGAAUUUAUUUCAUCUUCAUCCGUCAGUCCAAACUGUACAUGAACACAAUUCAUAGCCGGGGUUCACUGUAAAUCCAGUAGAUUUGCACCAUACACGAUGGAGCUCACCUCACUAAGUGGCUAAGUGUUGUUACAUGGUUUUUUAAUUAAGUGCCUUGACUGAUGUCCUGCUCUAUUUUAUAUAUUUGUGUCGUAAUUGGUCAAAGUAGAAAGAAAGAAAGCAUUUAAGAGGCUGAAUAUCAAUAUGCAGCUUGAACCACAAAAGGUCAGGAUGCACUUUUAGUGCAGUUUAUUGACAUAGUUGGAAAGCCAGGGUUCUUCUAGUGACAAGGAUACAUGUUAUAAUUCAGAAGAGAAAGCACUGCUGUUGAUUAAAGUUUAUUUCUAAAUGGUGAUUAGAUAGAUAGAUAGAUAGAUAGAUAGAUAGAUAGAUAGAUAGAUAGAUACUUUAUUAAUCCUGCUUUUAACAAGUGCUGAUAGUACAUAAGUGAGAUAAUUGAUUUAAAGGAAUGAAAGUCAUGAGAUUAUUGCUCUUAGUUAAUUAAGUAUUUCAAUAUUUUAAAAUUGAAGUAAUAAUCAGAGUGCAAAAAAUUAAUAUAAUAUGUACAUUUUAUUAACGGAUGAUAAUUGAUAGGUUGUUAAAGGCCUAUAUCAGAAAAUAUAUUUAAUAAACGCAUUAUUCAUUUAAGAUUAUUGUUUCUAUUGAAGUCAUAAAGAUAAUGGUGAUGGCCUAUGCGCUAGAUAUUGAGGAUAGGUGGAUGUUGAGGGUAGACUAUAAAGUCAGACACAGCUGUUUGCUGUUAUUUAUUAAAGGUCAAAUCUUAAGUUACUAAUAGUUUGUCAAGCAGAUGUUUUCUGUAAAAGCAGUAAGGUAUUUUUUUUUCUGAUUCCGUCCCUAAAACCACAAGUGACUCGAGCUGUAAUCAUGCAAGCAGUGUCAAUCACACAUGGUGCGGUUGUACAUGUGCACCAGUUGUUCCAUUAGACCCAGAAUGAUUUAAGAAAUAAACUAGAAAGAAAACAC